AUGCCAACGGAGUUUGAAGCUGCCUGGGCUGAACUCGUGCAAAAGUACAACCUGCAGAACGACCAAAUGAUGAUGCAGCUGUGGAAUGAUAGGAAAAUGUGGAUAUCAGCAUAUUAUAAGAAUAUUUUCUGUGCUAGAAUGACUUCUACACAACGAAGCGAGAGCACGAAUCACGUGCUCAAGAGAGGGUUUGUCAAGGGGACCCAGAACCUAAACAAGUUUGCUAGGCGGGUAAAUGCUUGCAUACAAACUUGGAUGCAGAAGGAGAACGAGCAAACAAUGACCAGCAUGACCAACCCUGUGACAAAAACAACUUACGACUACGAGGAAGACAUGGCUAUCAAGUACACGAGAGCCGUGUACAGCGAGAUGAGGACUAGGAUGAGAAAAGCCACGCUAUUUCGUGCGAAGUCUAUAGCAGAGCCCACUAAGUACCUUGUGUACUACCACAACAAGGCUGGCAUGAUGAUGAAGAAAGAUUUGCCUGGCCUGUUCUGCCUUCACAUCAUGAACAUACUGGACUACCCGAAGCCUGACAAAUUUCCAGACAAGUAUAUCCUCAAACGGUACACAAAGACUGCAAAAUCACAACCAACAUUUGAUAUAAGGGACUACAACACAACUGCAUCGGAUGGCAGCUCAAGACUAUCGAAGCAAGACAUCUUGCUGUAG